AUGUCGACACGAUACUCACCAGCAAAUAAUCUCGAACGUAAAGAAUUAACUAUAGCGUGGUGUCUUGCUCAUGGUUUAGUUAUACGUCCAAAUUCACCCAGUGAUUCGUCCGCUGUUCAUGCACCGGUUGCAUUGUACCCGAGUUUAUUUCCUUCUAAAGAAUUUAAAUUAGCUUUAGAAUUACAGCCCGUUUUUAAUACACUGUAUUAUAAACUAAGUCAGAGUCACGAAUUCAUAAAAGUUUUUGAAGUAAUCUCAAAAGUUGACGAGUUCAUUGAGCAAUUAUAUAACAUAUACCUUACUGUGAAGGAAGAAGGUUUUUCUCAGCCGAUAUCUUUGGGAAUACACCGGUCCGAUUAUAUUUUACAUUCUUCGCCCAAUGCUGAAGAAGCCCACAUCAAACAAGUGGAAUUCAAUACAAUUGCCUCCUCCUUUUCGUCAUUGUCAUCUCUGACGAGUGAUUUGCACAGGUAUCUUUCAAAGUCAAUCAAUCAUGUUGAUCCAUCGCAAACGCCCGAUGACGAAGCUCUCCCAUCAAAUGAAUCAAUGACUAGCAUACCUCGAGGAAUUGCAAAAGCGCACCAACUUUAUGGAUCCAAGAGCGCCGUGGUUUUAAUGGUGGUUCAGUCUGGUGAACGUAAUGUGUUCGAUCAGCGAUGGAUAGAAUACGUCUUGCUAAAUAAUCACGGAGUGCAUCUUAUCCGUAGAACUCUCUCAGAGAUUUACAACGAAGGAAAAUUGGAUCCAAGAACUAAAGCAUUGAUGAUCGAUGGAAAAGAAAUUUCGGUCACGUAUUUUCGUUCAGGAUACGGCCCCAGGGAUCAUCCAUCUGAAAAAGAAUGGGAAGCUAGAAUGUUGAUUGAACGGUCCAAUUCAAUCAAAUGUCCAACUAUCGCGUAUCAACUUGUUGGCUCUAAAAAAGUGCAACAAAUAUUGACUGUUCCUGGAGUUCUGGAAAGGUACAUAUCCGACCCACAAGAGAUCGAAAAGCUACGCUCUUGCUUUACUGGAAUACACCCUCUGGAUUCGUCUCCUGAAGGUGAAAAGGCUGUGAAGGAUGCUUUAGAAAAUCCAGAACGUUAUGUGAUGAAACCACAACGUGAGGGUGGAGGGAAUAACAUAUACGCACAGGACAUUCCACCGACUUUAUCGAAAUUGACAUUAUCUGAACGCUCUUCAUACAUCUUGAUGGACUUGAUACAGCCUCCGCCGAUGAGAAACGUUGUACUGAAGGAUGGCGAAAUAACCGAAGAUGAUGUGGUAUCGGAAUUGGGAAUUUAUGGAAUAAUCAUUGGAAAGGGAAACGAAGAGAUUGUUAACGAGGUUGGGGGGCAUUUGUUGAGAACAAAAGGAAGAAAGACUAAUGAAGGUGGAGUCGCGACAGGAUACGCGGUUCUAGAUUCACCUUUGUUAUUUUAG